AGGGGAUCGUAGUUUCUGCGAAUCUGGACAUUUGUGCACCGCUGAGGUUGUUGCCCGGGAUUGCUGCUGCUGCUGUGUGCUUCUCGGCUGCCAUUGUCGUUGUUGUCCUGGCAGGGAGGAGCAACUUGGUCGUCGGCGUGUGUUGGCGUAUGAGGCCUCAGGCUGCACCUGCUGCAUGUGCGUUGUCGCUAGUGAGGUUUGUUGCGGCUCCGCAGUGCACUCAGCCGCGAGGUGGAGCUGAGUCGAGGACGGCUCACCAGGUUCGAGUUGCUUCCGCCUUUUUGCUGUUGGAUUUAUUUGCCGUUGUUGAGUGGUCUUCAGUUGGGCAGCUCGCCGUUGUCGUUGUGGCGCUGGAGAUCGUGUUGGCUGUGAAGGUAGGUAUCUCAAGUUGGUUCCUGGGCGAACGUAUUGGAGUUUCUCGCUCAGCAUCGCUGAGCUGGCCUGGCCGCUUGUGCAUCGUUGUGGUUUCUGGCCGGAUUCGCUGCUGCUGCCGUGUGCUCCUCGGCUGCCGCUGUCGGCGUGUGCUUGCGCAUGAGGCCUUUGGUUGCGUAUUCUGCAUGUGUGUCGUCACUAGUAAGCUUCGUUGCGGCUUGGCAGUGCACUUAGUUCCGUGGUCAAGCCUAGUCGAAUACGGCGCUCCGAGUUCUAAUUGCCUCCGUCGCUUGAUUGUUGGAUGGAUCAACUUCUGUUGUAUGGUUCCCGGUUGGCCUGCUCGCUGUUGCCGUGCCAGUGGGAAACGGAUUUGCUUUGCAGACUGAAUCAUUAGCAAUUGUGGAGUUACAAGCUCGCCUUUCGGGAGCUGGCCCGGUCGACCGUGCAAUGCUGUGGUUCCUGACCAGAUCCGCUGCUGCUGCUGUGUGCCCUCCGGCUGCCCCUGUCGUUGUAGUCCUGGCAGGGAGGCACAGUUUGGCCGUCGACAUAUAUUAGCGCAUGCGGCCCCGGACUGUACCUGCUGUAUGUGCGUCGUCGCUAGAGGGCUUUGUUGCAGCUUCUCAGUGCACUCAGCCGAGUGGUCAGGCAGUACCGAAGGCUCUACAGGUUCGUGUUGCCUCCGCCGCUUAGCUGUUGGGUGGAUCUGUUGCUGUUGUGUAGUCCUCAGUUGGGCAACUUGUCGUUGUCGUUGUGUCAGUGGAGAUCGUGUUGGCUGUGGAGAUAUUUCAAUUUGAUUCCUAGGCGAUGGCAGUGAGGUCUCUAGCUCAGCGUCGCUGGGCUGGUCUGGCCGCUUGUGCAUCGUUGUGGUUUCUGGCCGGAUUCGCUGCUGCUGCCGUGUGCUCCUCGGCUGCCACUGUCGGCGUGUGCUUGCGCAUGAGGCCUCUGAUUGCGUAUUCUGCAUGUGUGUCGUCACUAGUAAGCUUCGUUGCGGCUU